UUUGACUUACCUCCGUUCCCUACAAAGUACUCCGUACAGUACACCACAUGUACAGGCACAGGUACUUCCUCUCGACCGUACUUUGUCACAAAUCACGAUCCCUGAAUCCGCCCUGCAACACCGGUCGGUCGGUCCUCGCACGGAGUACUCAUACAUUCCCUGCAUCGCAUAGAUUGCCGGCAUCGCACUACUGCAGUCGCAUGACUCGUGUUUGUCGGUUGUUAGUCCACGUAGCUUGCAUCCCUGGUUGUCACUUUGUUAGUUAGUUGUUAGUUAGACUGUAGCUUGUGUGUCAGUGUAAGUCGCUGCAAGUCCGUUAGUAU